AGCUGCAGUAAACAUGGCAACUCGAUGGGGAAUAUGCAGCGCUGGGAAAAUCAGCCAUGAUUUUGUAGUGGCUCUGAAGACCCUGUCUACAGAGGACCAUCAGGUCACUGCAGUAGCAGCUCGUGAACUGAGGCAGGCACAGGAGUUCGCUGAUAAGCAUGGUAUUCCCAAAGUCUAUGGGAGUUACGAAGAGCUGUCAAUCGACCCUGAAAUAGAUGUGGUGUACGUUGGUACCAUCCAUCCUCACCACCUGAGAGUGGGCCAACUCUUUAUGAAUGCUGGGAAGAAUGUGCUAAUUGAGAAACCACUUGCUAUGAACGCAAAAGAAGUAAAGGAACUUGUAGCCACUGCCAAGAAAAAUAAAGUCUUUUUGAUGGAGGCAUUGUGGACACGUUUCUUUCCUGUAUCUGUGGAGGUCAGGGAGCUGCUGAGUCACGGUGAUGUUGGAGAGGUAAGGAUGGUAAGGGCAGAUCUAGGUGCCCCCCUCACACACAUCCCUCGGCUUGUUGAGAAAGAGCUGGGUGGUGGGGCGCUGCUAGACAUUGGCGUCUACUGUCUGCAGUUUGUGCUGAUGGUGUACAGAGGGGAAAGGCCUGAAUCUAUCCAAGCCACAGGAUACAAGCUGGACACGGGUGUUGAUGGGCACAUGGUCAUUGUGCUGAAAUUCUCACACAACAGAAUGGCUGUCUGCACGUGUUCCAUAUCCAUGAUGCUCACUAAUGACGCUGUGAUUGUUGGCACCAAGGGCAUGAUUAAGAUACCAGAUCACAUGUGGUGUCCUGUAACGUUGGAGGUGAAUAGUAAAGUCAUUCGGCACCCACUACCAGAGCCCUGCAUGCCUCUCAACUUCACCCAUAGUACAGGACUGCGCUAUGAAGCUGCAGACGUUCGUCAGUGUCUUCUCAGUGGACUGAAGGAGAGCUCUGUGAUGUCCCUGUCAGAGUCCAGUCUUCUUGCAGAGAUAAUGGACGAAGCCAGAAGACAGGUCGGUGUAACUUACAGCCAAGACAGCAAUCACUGACAGUCAUCUCACUGCUUUUGGUAAAUAAAAUUGAUAGAAAUAGGAUUGGCUUUGUGUGCUAUUUAUUGUGAAAUACAAGUUAGCAGAUGCUUCUAAUUUCUAGAAAAAAAAAAUAGAGAUUUACUGAUAUUUUUUAAACUCUAUUUAAAUAUAUAUCUAUACUCAGGGGUGGCGCUACACCUCCAAAACUGAUGGGGCAAAAUUUAUUGUUUAAAAAAAAUCCUUUGCUAACUUACAUCACUGAAUAACAUCAGGCUGAGUCUGGGUUUUUGGAACAUUCUCCUUUUUCAUUUGAUUCGCUUGGUUUUACCCUGCAGUGGCUAGUGGACCAAAUUACACAUGAGGGUGUCCGUUUAUGGUCAGAUGGUUUGCAGAGAUGCAAGAUCUAAACUGUAAAAUUUGGCACAAUUAAAAUAGAAAAACAGGAAAACAGAGAUGCUUAACGUCUGUGGUUGUCACUAAUAAAGCAACAGGUUCCUGAUCUAAACCAUUUUAAUGUGAGAAAAUCUUCACUAUGUAUAUAUAUUUCACAGCACAGGAAUAUCAAGGUGCUUUAUCUAUUCCGUGUUAAAACUAUUUAUUUGUAUUAAACUAUUUGCUUUGUUUAUAUAUAGUCCCUGAAACACUGCCCCUUCAAAAUCUUUGAUAGCCCUUUAACUUUUUUGUUAUCAUGAUAAAUUGCAUCACUUGCUGUGUCCGAAAUGGUUCCCCAGUCAAUAUAUCCUACAUUCAAAAAUCUGGAUCACUAUGUAGAACACUAUUGUAGAUAACAUACGAGUUUGCUCGUUAUUGUGCAGAUUUUGAAGCAUAAACACCAUAAACGUCCUGCCAUCAGUCCAUGGUAACUGCUGAGUUUGACUGUAACUCAGAUCUGUGACACUGACAUUGUAGCUGGGCCCAGUAAUCCUCCUCAGAGAAGUUGCCCAUGAAUCUUCAAACGCAAGUGCAUUUCAGGAUAUCUCCUGUCUGCUAGGGUACAUCGAUUGUACAGUACGUGUUGCAGUGCAUUGUGGGAUUGUGUGAGUGCCCUGAAUCUUCUGCAUUACGUUUUUGGGCAUCAUUACAAAAUAAAAAAUAGUGCACUAUGUAGUGAAUAGGAUGCAGUUUUGGAUACAGCUACUGUACAUAUGCACUGUAGCAUAUCGUGGAGAUCAACAGUACUUAAAGAACAGUGAGAAACUGUGUGUUUCAUCACUGGGUGAGCGUAAUUAGUUUUGUUAAACUGGAUU